AAAUCCGUUCCUAACGGGGAGAGGACAAGUCGGCUAGUAAGGCACCCGCUUUUCUGUUAUGACGAGGGCUGUACCGGUUUACAAAGUCGUCUGCUGUGGCCGCUUCGCCUAGCUUCGGUAUCCUUCGAGCGAAGGAGCGAGAGAGAGAGAGAGAGAAGAGAGAGGAGGGGGAAAAAAAAAGAAAGAAAGAUCCUUUCUCUCGUUCAUCAAGCCAUGGCCUCAAGUUAGGCAGCUAGACUGAUAAAUUGUUACUUGUGUUUUGAUGAACCAAAGUUUAGAUCUAGAAUAAAACACAACGUUAAAUUUAUGAAAAGCCACUUCCCUGGAUUUCUUUUUAAACUUUUGGAUUACAUUGUGACGGUGGGUGAGAUUUAACAGUUCACCAUGAUAGUCAGGUGGCCCUGGUCAAGUCGGACCACUCUCAACUUUGGAUUAGCACUUCUUUUUCUAUUAGUUCCUUUGAUAUCGUCACAACGAGACAGCGGCUUCUCAGAUGCUACAUCCACAGAAGAUGUGGACCUUCUCAGUGUACUGGGCACCAAAAUGCCAGGUGUGGACUUCACGAGAGGCACCUCCGGAUUCCCUUCUUAUGACUUUGAUGAUGAUGAAAAGCGCAAAAGGGUACACAAUGUGAAAGUCGCUGCCAAAGUAGUGUUCCCAAAGCCUCUGUCCGAGACCUUCGCCAUCAAGGUUCUCUUCAAGCCCUACGUACACGACGCUGGAAUCCUCUUCGCCGUGGUCAACCCUUACCAGACCAUCAUCCAGUUUGGCCUUGGUGUCCGUGACGCCGGCAAGGGAAAGCAGGACAUUGUCCUGUACUACACGCCCAGCCCUAGCACGAAAACUGUUUCUGAGGUCAUUGCCAACUUUACCGUGGACAGCAUGAGGAACAGAUGGACACAGAUGAACCUGAAGGUGGACACUAAUACAAUCUCCUUGUAUUUGAACUGUAAGAGCCAGGAUGACAUUGCAUGGACCAGAAGAGUGUCCAGUCUGGACUUUGAACUAGGCUCGACUUUAUAUUUAGGGCAAGCAGGGCCACAACUGAAUACUUUGCCCAAAUUCAGGGGAGCCAUAAUGGACCUAAGAGUGAGUGCAAACAGCGCCCUGGCUGAGGACGAGGAUUGUGAUGAGAUAAUCAGUGGGUCAGGAGAUGGUGGAGAGUCAGAUACAGAUGACACUGAAGUGGAGAAGCAUUCUGUAACAACAAAAACAACCAAAGGUGAGAAAGGGGAUCAAGGAUUGAAAGGAGAUAAAGGUGACCAAGGUCCACCUGGUAACCCUGGACUAGAGAGACCUCCACUGAUAACGCCACCUCCACCAGACCUUGAUGGGCUUCGCGGGGAAAAAGGUGACAAAGGUGAUCGAGGCACACCUGGAGAGAUUGGCACACCAGGCUAUGUUGGACAGAAGGGAGAAAAGGGAGAGAAAGGAGCAUUGGGAGAAGCAGGCUUUGAGGGGCAGAAGGGAGAGAAAGGGGAGAGAGGAGAACAGGGUUCGCCUGGAGUAUCUAUGAUUGGACCAAAGGGUGAACCUGGACCUCCAGGAUUAGCUUCUGAUGUCAUACCUGAUGCUGUGAUUGGUGCAAAGGGAGAACCAGGAGAGCCAGGGGUAGGAAUACCUGGACCUCAAGGAGAUCGAGGGGAAAGGGGAGAGAAAGGAGAACCGGGAGCGAAGGGCGACUCUGUCAUUGGACCUCAAGGAAUAAAAGGGGAUGUAGGACCAAGGGGCCUCCAAGGUUUUCAAGGACCCCCAGGUCCUCCUGGUCCUCCAGGACCUGCCGGAACUACAAGGUUUUCUGAUGACUUGUUGGGCUCAGGUGAUGGGGAAGAUGGUAAGCCUGGACCAAAGGGAGAUAAAGGAGAGAAAGGUGAAUCUGGCAGGGAUGGUACACCUGGUACUCCAGGGCUUCCAGGUAAAUUUGAAGGAGACUUGGAGUUAAUCACUGGACCACCAGGUCCUCAAGGACCUAUAGGACCUUCUGGACCACCAGGAAGAGAUGGACAAAAUGGUUUACCGGGUGUACCUGGUCCUCAAGGAUUGACUGGACCAAUGGGACCUAAAGGAGAACCGGGCAAUCCUGGUAUACCAGGAACUCCAGGUGAUAAUGGACUCAGAGGAAUACCAGGUAUGGAUGGAAUCAACGGAAUACCAGGUGGCAUUGGACCAGUUGGUCCUCCUGGGCCGCCAGGACCGCCCGGACCACCUGGACCUCCAGGUUCUGGCAAAAACGUAGUUAGUUUGUUUGAUGAAGAAGGCGGCAGCUUCAGUGGAAAUGGGGAGAUGAUAACUGGCCCUGGACGAAUUGGUCCACCUGGACCUUCUGGACCACAGGGACCCACUGGGCCACAAGGUAUUGCUGGAAUAAGGGGGGCAACAGGCCCAGCUGGUGAGAAAGGAGACAGAGGCCCCAUGGGCUUACAAGGAGACAAAGGGGAGAGAGGUUACCAAGGAGACCCAGGCACACCAGGAGCUGCAGGAUUACCAGGUCUUCCUGGAGACUUUGGACCUGUUGGGCCUAAAGGAGAGAGUGGAGUACCAGGUAGAGAUGGAACAAAGGGAGAGAAGGGUGAGCCAGGAUUGCCAGCACCCAGAGAGCCACCAGGAUAUCCAACGGGGGGACCCAAGGGAGAGAAAGGUGAUACAGGACCAGUAGGACCACCAGGCCCGCCAGGCAAGACUGUUCAGGAUAUCAGUGGUGAUGGUGAGUUCAUUCAAGGACCUAGAGGAGAACCAGGUCCCCAAGGAGUGCCCGGUGUACAGGGUCUUCCAGGACUACCUGGUGAUAAAGGUGAUGAAGGUCCUGAAGGUCCUGUGGGUCCAGCUGGUCCAAAGGGAGAACAAGGUUUAACAGGACCAGUAGGACCACAAGGACCUCCUGGACCAGGACUAAGUGAGCUUGAAUUGGAUGGAGUAGGACUGAAGGGAGAAAAAGGAGACCCAGGGCCACCUGGACCAAUAGGCCCAAGAGGAUUCCCUGGAGCUAAAGGAGAAAUUGGCUACCCUGGACUCCCAGGUCGCCCUGGUUUACGUGGAAGAAAAGGUGAAAUUGGCAUUGGUUUACCUGGACGUAAGGGAGAGCCAGGCCCACCUGGUCUUGGUCUACCUGGCAGUGGCGUUUUGGUUAAAGGAAAUAAAGGUGACUCUGGUCCUAAGGGUGAUCGGGGUGAUCGAGGUCUGCCAGGACCACCAGGAGCUUUUACUGGCCCUGAUGGAUUGACUAUUACAGGUCGAGGUUUGCCAGGGCCUAAAGGUGAAAAAGGUGAACAAGGCUUCCCUGGUCGUGAUGGUAUUGAUGGCAAGCCAGGUCUGAGGGGACCUCCUGGUCCACCUGGAGCAGGAGGUUUUGGUGAUGGUGUAGCAGUAGUUGGACCACAAGGCCCACCAGGUCCACCUGGACCCAGAGGUCUGACAGGAAUGGGAACUGAAGGCCCACGAGGCCCACAAGGCCCACCUGGCAACCCUGGACCACAAGGCCCUCCAGGUGUUGGACUCAAGGGCCCACCCGGACCACCUGGACCACCAGGAGAUUAUGUCAUCAAUGGGGCUCGCUUGAUCCAAGGCCCCCCUGGUCCACCAGGCCCUCCCGGCCCACCAGGUGUGACCACCACUUUAAAUGGUGAUGAAAAAUUAGGAUUUGGCAGUACUGUUGGAGCAGGUGGAUCUAGAGGUGCUGUAGUUUACCAAAACCGUGAUUUGAUGUUAUCAAUGUCCCAACGAGUGCCUCUCGGUAUGAUGGCCUUUGUGUUAGAAGAAGAGCUUCUAUACAUUCGUGUCAAGUCAGGAUGGCGCUAUAUUCAGCUCGGCUCAGUUCUUUCUAUUCCAGAAGUUAUUCCAACUCACCCUAGGCGACCCGACAGUGAUCAGAAUCAAACCGAUAGAGAAAAUGAGGGCACCCUCGCAGUGGAAAAUGAUGGUUUCAGUGAUGCCGACAGAGAGAGGCUUGUCAAGGAGAUGUACCUGAGGCAGUUAGAAGAGAGAAAGAAGAGGAGAGAACAGGAGGAGCAAAUCAGGAGGUUGCAGUGGGAGAAGAAGAAGCAGGAAGAGGAGAGGGCUAGACUAGAGCUUCAGAGGAAAGAAAAUGCUGCCAAAGAUGAAGAGCGGAAAAGGGCAGAGCAAAGGCAGAGGGAAGAGGCAGAGAAAAGGAGACUGCACCUGGAAAGGUUGAAGGCGGAGCAGGAAAGGAAGGAAGAGGAGAGGCAGAGAAAAGAACAAAAUGAUAGGCUUGAAAGACAGAGGGCAGAAGAAGAACAAAGGCUAGCAUUAGCGGAGAAUGAAAAAAGACUGGAGGCAAGACGCAGAUAUGAAGAGGAGUAUAGGAGGAGGCUGGCAGAGAGGGAGAGAGUUGAAAAAGAGAGGAAACAAAGAGAAGAAGAAAGACAAAAACUUUUGCGGUUAAGAGAAGAAAGAGAAAAAGCCAACCAGCUAGCCAUUGACAGACGAAGACAGCUCUCAGAUUACGGAAUCACCGGUCAAAUUCACAUAGUUGACAUUGACAAAAACAAACUUCAAGGCCAAGGAAAUACCAGCAGACCAGCUGCCACAACCAAUGUCAGAGUGGUCGACCAAGAUGAUGACCAGGAACCUGCCAGCUAUGUCCUAGAUAAGCGGCGGACCACACCUCCUCCCAGGAUUGAAAUACCUCCAGCCAACUAUGCCACUGGAGAUAUGCUCCAUUUGAUAGCCCUGGACAAACCUUUAGCUGGCUCUAUGCAUGGUAUCCAGGGGGCAGACUAUGAGUGCCACAGGCAGGCCAGGAAACACAGACUGAUGGGAACCUAUCGAGCCUUCCUGUCUUCAGAAACACAGAAUUUGAAUUCCAUCAUUUAUUACACUAAAGAUAAACAGAUUCCAAUUGUCAACUCUAAGAAUCAAAUUCUGUUCAAGUCUUGGAACUCAUUAACAGAUGGCAGUGGUGCAUAUUUUAACAGCCAGACACCAAUCUAUUCAUUUGAUGGCAAUGAUGUCAUGUAUGAUCCCAAGUGGCCUCAAAAGUUUAUCUGGCAUGGUUCUAAUAACAAAGGUGAAUUUGUGGAGGGCAAAUUCUGCAACAAGUGGCACACUCGAGCAGCCAACGAGAUGGGUCUAGCCAGCUCUCUCUUAAAGCACAUGCUUCUGGACCAGGAAGAGUACAGCUGUAACAAUGCUUUCAUUGUCCUGUGUAUAGAAAACACGGCAAGACGCUGGCCUUAAAGAAUGACAGUUUAGUUUAGUUCACCUGCGUGUUUGUAUGCUUUGGUGCUGAGUGUGGAGUCUGGCGGUCACGCAAAUGUGAGAUUGAAUGGGCUGGCAGAGAGUUUUAAAAGCAAAUUAAUAAAAUACAAUUUUUAUACAUAAAUAUAAAUAUAUUUAUCUACAAAUUUAUCUUCAUAUAUAAACAUAAUGUAUUUCUCAUGGGUCACGUCAUUGCUAUUUUUGUACCAACAAAUGUGUUACGUUUUGUGGUCUGAUGUGUUGACAAGAUUCUAUAGUACCAUGAUUUCUGUUGAACGUUGUGUACUCCUGUGCCUUAUAAAUAUCACACGUGUCAUACCUGAGGGCUAGGAAACUUGUAUUGACAUCACAUAGAUCAUUCUUGAGAGAUAGAUGUGUAUUGAUAACACAUAGAUCAUUCUUGAGGGAUAGAUGUGUAUUGAUAACACAUAGAUCAUUCUUGAGGGAUAGAGAUGUUUUGUGUUCAACUCUUUUUCUGUUAUUAACUUGCUAGACAUAGACCAUAGAUCUGUGCAACAUAUUUAUCUCGCUUAGUUAUCACCCUGUCAUUGUUCUUUACAGCUUUAACCACCAAAUC